ACCCUUCAGCCAGCUUCCUUCUGCUUCGGUGUGGACAUUGCCUCUUACUUCCUGGUAAUUGUGCUUGGAAUGGUAACCCUGAUAUGAACUCUACAAGAUAAGUGAAUCCUCUUUUUAGAAAUAAUAAUUAAAAAAAGCCUCAGAAAAAUAGCACAUAAGUGAAAUGUCAAAUGUGAGGCAACAUUUGAAGUACACCUCUCCCACCACAUUUUGUUCAUCUGUUUUUUAGUCUCCCUCACCCACCUUGGCUUUGUCUGCUUCUUAAUCUUUUUGCUCGCAGCAAGAGGUUGAAUAAAAUGUGCGAUAACUGCGGCACCCUUCCCUGACUCCCACACGAACAUGGACAAAUCGAGGAGGGAAGGGAGAAUGUCCUAAGGCUAUGGAAGUAUUCAGAGUGCAACCUGCUCUCUCUGUGCAGCAACAAAGGGCGAAAGCCGCCUCUGAGCAAAGGUGGGGCGAGUGCAAGGUGCAGGGAGUGGAGCCGAUAGGGUUUCUGUGGCUGUGUUUCUCCUGUGUAUGCUCAGCAGGUUGAAGGCAAGCAGUGGGACGGCCGCCAGACACACCCAGUCCAGGCAGUAAAACGAUCCCUGCUCUGCCCCCAAGCUCUUUCUAACGGAUAAAAGGGGAGGAAGUGCCAGCCUGCAGGUUCAGAGGGACUUUUCUCUCUUUAACUCCUCCGAGCCUUACUUGCUGUUUCUUCCCACCCCCUCUCUCUCUUCAAAAUAAGGAAAGCCCUGCUUGAAUAGGCCAUGUCGAAAUUUGGUUACAGCUCCCGCUCAGCAGCUGGGUCCGGCGGGUUCACCCAGGUCAGAGUCAGCUCCGUCUCUUCAUCUCGUGGAAUCGGAGGCGGCGGCAGUUUCAGCAAGCCGGGGGGCUUUGGCAGCUCCAGCCUCUAUAACUUGGGUUCUGGCGUCAGGAGGAUUGCCCCCGCCAGCUCCUACAGCGUCCAGUCUUCCUACGGUGCCCUCGGUUCCAGCAGACAUGGAGGGAUGUAUGGUGGAGGGUUUUCGCCUGCAGGCAUUCAAGAGGUCACCAUCAACCAGAACCUCUUGUCGCCCCUCAACCUGGAAAUCGACCCCACCAUCCAGAAGGUGCGCAAGGAGGAGAAGGAACAGAUCAAGACCCUCAACAACAAGUUUGCAUCCUUCAUCGAUAAGGUGAGCUAGACGUAGCUUAUUCUGAUCCUUCUCUAGUGUCCCAGCAAUCGAUAGGAGCUUCUCUACAAGCCUCAUGGGGCCGUGGCUGUGCUUUGCUUAGAAGUAUGGUCUUUUGUUGUAAGCUCAACUGUGGCUCUGCUAGAUGUUUUAUUUGAAGCAGAAUCUGGCCUUUGUUCUCUGCUUUUGAUUUGUAACUCGAUGACCAACAUGACCCUGCCAUUGCUUUCUCGGUGAUCUUCCUUAUUCACGGCCUGGUUAAUAGCAGGGUGUGUUGGUGUCACAACUUCAACAUGAUGGCUUUUAUUCCCUCAUGUGAAGGCGGUGACCAGCACACCCCACACUGGGGAAAGUGGAAUGAGAAGGGGAUCCAAAGUAAAACAUACAUACAGUUAUCUUUUGCUUGCUGCAACUUCAGUUCUCUGAAAUUAAGGCGGUUAAAAGAUUUCAUAGGUUCAAUAAUAUAUUUUAAAAAAAAUAUCAGUGAAUUGAAGCUUCACCUCUUUUACUGAUUGAUCAAUAAAUCUCUGUUAAAGUGCACCACACUUUAUAAGGUAAAAGAGGACAGAUUGCAACCCCAUGGAGAUAUAGUCUAUCAUCCAUUUAUUUAUUUUCAAUAAAUGUUUUAUUACACCUGCUUCUAGCUCCUGGACCAUUUUUUCUUUCUUUUUAAGUUCUCUCAGAUACCCGGGAGUAUCUUAUUUGUUACCCUGUGGUAUAUCACAAGCAUUCAUUAGCCGUAACCUUCAUAGCACAUUGCAGUAGAGUUUGCAUUACUUACCCAAGAAGAAAUGUGUUGAAUUUAAUAGUCAGCCCACACUGACUUCCUGUGAAGUAUUAUGUCCACACACACACACACACACACACAGUGAGCCCCAGUAACUUUGUGUAUUCACAUCCCUCCGCCAUUGCAAGUGUGAUGCAGUCAGCAGGCUGUGAGUUUAGGCACGAUGAACCUGGGGCAGGGGGUGGAAUCACUGAUCAGUCACAGCCUUAACUGGGUUGUUUUGAGUUGGGAAUGCAGUAAAAGGUAUAGUUAAUCAAUCUUGAUGUAGAUCAAAAGAAAUCUAAAUACAUAUCGGAAGUCCAAAAGUUCUGCAAAACAUGUACCUGAACCCAAGCUUCUACUAUUUACAGUGUGCUCUGGAUCUUACUCGCCUGAUAAAUGCAAAUACUUGAUAUGAAAAAUCUCCAUUUUCAGCAUAGUUUUAUCCAGAGUGUUGCAGUUUUAGCUGUUCCUCUCCCACAAAUAAUCAGUGAAUCUCCUUCCUCCCACGCCCUCCUCUAUCUACAUUCCUCGGAGGACUCCUUCCCCCAGCCCCAUCUACCCCCACAUCUAAGAGCUGAGAGCCAUGAAGGGCCAUAAUCUUCUACUGCUUUGUGGUAUUUCGAGUCCUGCUGGCAGAAUGACAGGCUUUAUGGAAUUUGCCUCGGGGGCUUUUUUCAGGUCCGAUUCCUUGAGCAGCAAAACAAAAUGCUGGAGACCAAGUGGAACCUCCUGCAGGAGCAGAAGACCACACGGAGCAACAUCCCUGCCUUCUUUGAAGCCUACAUCAGCAACCUGCGGAGGCAGCUGGAUGCCCUGGUGAACGACAAGGGACGCCUGGAGGGAGAGCUGAAGAACAUGCAGGAUCUUGUUGAGGAUUUCAAGAACAAGUAAUGUAUUCAUAACGGUUUUUGCAGAGAUGAGCAGGUUCAGGUGGCCCAUUCACAAAGCAUCACCUGUCUCUAAAUGGGAGAGCUUAAAGCUUCGAUCCUAUGCACAUUUCUUUUGAGAGCAAAUCCCAUUGGUUUCAGUGGGGCCAAGCAACCGUAAUUGUGCACUGUGAGCCUCUGCACGUAUACUCCAAAGUAUCUCCCACUAGGCUUGUCAGGUGCAAAAAGAGAGGUCAGGAUUCCUGCACUUUUAAUAGUUAAUACCAAAGAAAGAAUUUCGGCAGAUUUAGCUGGCCAGGCAAGCUACACCUGUUGAAUACCCCUAUUCUAAGGGCACAUACACAACAUACAUUUAAAGCACAUGGCUUUCCCAUCACUCUUAACAAACCACAGUUCCCAGGAUUCCUUGGAGGAAGCCACAUGCAUUAAAUGUGUGUUAUAUCUGUGGUGUGGAUGUGACCUAAUGCAACCUGCAAAGGUGUAGGAAUCCUGUCCUCUUUCCCCCCUUGACUGCUGCAAGCCCCACUGAGCUUGCUAGGGGUUACUUCUAAGCAGGUGUAUGCAGAGAUACCCUGAGAUGACUCUCAUGCAGUUCGCAGUGUGAGCAUGAAAGUGUCUGCUCAAAACUACAAACUAUUGAGUUCAAUGGGACUUCCUCCCAGGUAAAUGAGUGUAGAAUUGCAACCUCAGUAUGAGGGUUUGCUGCAUCUUCCAAAGCAUGCAAGAAAUCAUCAACUUUUAAAGAAACUGCACUGGGUAUCCAAUAAACCUAGCAUAGGCAACAUCAGGCAUUCAUAAUCUUGGAGUAUUUUCAAGGGCCCAGGUAAGUGCAGGGGUGGGGAACCUUUGGCCUGUCAGAUGUUCCUGGACUACAGCUCCCAUAAUCCCUGUCUAUUGGCCAUGCUGGCUUGGGCUGAUGGGAGCUGGAGUCCUGCAACAUCUGGAGGGCCACGGGUUCCCCACCCUUGAUUGAAAGCAUCCAAGAUCUGGUAGCCUUUUAGUGUCUGAAUAUAUCUCGUUGUGACCCCCCUCCUUCCUGUAUGGAUGCCAGAAGCCUGCCUGCCUGGCACUGAGUUUCCCAAACUGAAUAUUGAUGCAAUGGUUUGAUUGCAACCUUGUUAGACUCUUCUCAUUGGAAGCCACACACUGCAUGGUCCCUUAUUGUACCUGCUCCUGCUCCCCAUCCUUGGAGCAGGACCUCAGAGUGCAUUCAUGUGGACACAUAUUUUGCUUAAGAUAAGGGUGUUAAAUAAAUGUCAUAAACUUAAAGGUAUGGAAGAGGAUAGCAGCAGAAUGACUUUGCUUCAGCCAGUGUUGGGUACUUGCAGGAGUCCAGUGUUUCUGAACUACAUCAUCCCUGACCAUAGAUCUUGUUGGCCAGAGUUAUGGUUCAUCAAUAUCUGGAGUUUGGAAAGGUUUACCACCCCAGUGUUUCUGUGUUCAUGGGAAUCCAUGGUGGCUGAAUCCACAGUUUUUAUCUACAUUAGUUCAAGGAAGAAUGAUUGAACAAACUUGUCCCCAACCUAGUUGAAUUUUAUUUAUUUAUUUUACUAUAAAAAUACUUAUAUACCACUCUACCACCAAAAUGUAUCAAAGCAGUUUACAAAAGCAAUUUUGUUUUUUAAAAAAGAAAAGUAUUAGAAUGCAGUAAUGUAAUACAUUGGCAAUUACCACAAAAAGCACAAGGAAAACACUUGGGCUGUAUAACACAAGGCUAGGAAAUCUGCAAUCAUUCAAGUAUUGCUGGACUACAAUUCCCAUCAAACCUAAUCACUGGCCAAUGGCUAUACUUCCUGGGGCUGAUGUUGCUGAGUUGGGAGUCCAUCCACAUCUGGAGGAUCACAGGCUCCCCGUCGGUGGUAUAGCAGGUAUUGGUUGGUUAAAAAGCAGGCUUUUACCUUGCUAGAAGCUAGUCGUGGAAAUCUUCUGGAGUCGAUCUGGGAUGGGCAGCAGGACUGUGCUGAUAAAAACAUAUUUGUGAUAUCAAAUUGAGAGGUAUUUCUUAUAAGGAGACAUGAGAGGAUUCUAGAGCCACAUAAGAAGCAAUAACAUAUUAGAGGAGAGACUUCAGAUUCAGACUUACUCUUUUGUUAAAGUGCAAGAACAUUAAACAGCAGCGGAAAUGGUGUGGGUAUGUGUCAAAAAUUUAGAAAGAAUAUAUAGUUUAAUCCCAAUGGGCCUGCAUGCAUGUCACAUGAGACAUCAUUAAGCUCUCCUGAUUUGCCUUUUAAAUAUCAAGCCUUAGGGCUGAUUUCCUUAGGCUGAAAUAGUACCAGGGCGUGGCACAGCCCACUAUGGACUUCAACAUUUCAGGCUGCGGAGCGGAAAUCACAUGUCUGAAUGAUACCCUCACCCAUAUGCUACCCUCACCCACACCUGUAGCUCUCUUUGCAUGAAAAGCAGUCCUGCUGAGCUAGGUUAAAGCCUUCUUCUCUGAUCCUGCUAGCUUUUUUGGCAUAUGGCAGGAGAAGGAAUUUCCAGCAGGUUUAUGGGCUGAAACACCUCCAUCUUUUAAUAAUUUCCUGGUAUACAUAACUUAUUAGAGAGGUGCAGUGACCUUAAGGUUAAAAGCUUGCUCACGUCUACCCUAGCAGCAGUUUUAACAAGAUUUGGCUUCUGGAUUCAAUUGUGGUCUGCAGAUUGUUAUGUGUGUGGUGGUGGUUGUGAUGGUGUUUUACUUCCUUUUGCAUUAUAUGCCUUUGGAUUAGUUGCACGACUCUUCUGGGGCUGUUGUCACAGGCUCUCUCUCUCUCUCUCCCUCCCUCCCUCUCCCUCUCUCUGGUUUGGAUUAGGAAGGUCAGGUGUCAUCUGUGAGGUUGUGGAUCAAAAGGUUUCCCUGCAUAGUCAGAACACAGGGUUGGGUUAGAUAGCUUUUUGCCCCUGCCCUUCCAGCUCAGGUGGUUUAUUCCAUCUGUAGCCGCCCCCAUUAUUUGCCCCCUCAAGGUGGGCUAAGCCAAGAGAGAGUAACUGGUCCCAGCUUGCCCAGACAGCUUCAAGGUUGAGUGAGGAUUUUCGCUCAGCUCUCCCCAGACCACUCCCCAGCCCUCUUAACUACUAUGCCGCACCCUGAAUCUACAGAACUUAAACCAAGCUUCUGCUCUAUCACAUAUCUGGUGUUUUAAAGCUUUAGUAAAUCACGUUUCAGCUGUUACGCUUUCACUGUGUACCCAUAUGCUGUGUUCUUGCAUGGCCACGCACUUAAAAAGCAAUGUGUGUGCAUUUCGUGUCCUCUAACAAUUGAGAUUAGCUGCUUUGUGCAAUUAAUUCAAAGAGGAAAAUUCGAGCGAGUGAAAGGUAGCUCCCCCCCUCCCUGGCUUUCCCUCUCCCUUGGCAAAGAAUUGCUGCAAGGCCGGGGGGCGGGGGGAGUUUAAACGUUGUAUCUGUCGAUGAACUUUGCAGUUCACAAAGGAACACACCUGGUGUUAUUAAAAAGAGUUCCAUGGAGACGAGCGGAGCAAAGGUUGGCAGUUUGAUCUUGUACAAGAGGUCCUUCAUGCUCCUAGAGGAAGUCUCAAUGGGAACCAAUUCCUCACCCUAACCCCCGCCCCACCUAUAGUGCUUUAAAAUAUAUAUGAGUUGGCAAACUGGCUCAGACCGGAACGGAAAGCAAACAGUACUGAUAAACCCCCAGGGUGUGACCCAUAGAGGAGAAAAGUCAAUAACUAGUAAUCCUUCCCCAGGUGCAGCUGUAUUAUGCAUAGCUAGGAUAACUGGUGAGGGGGGUGCAGAGAGACAGCGACCCUGGGUAGGGCUUGGUUAGGGUUGCUAUAUUAUUAAUCAUCUGAAUUGCCCCUUUGAAACAGCUGCCAACGCUUUACAAUCAAAGGGCGUUUUCCUGAACCAAGGGCAUAUCUAUAAUGCAUAUUUAAACUGGUAUAAAAGUCAUUCUUUUUCAACAGUCAGCCCUGGGACACAUAGUUCUGUGCAAGGGUGUACUUGAAGAUAUGCAAUGUAGAGAAUUCUCAGCAAAACUACAGCUCCCACAAUGUUUUGGGGGAAGGAAGAGAGAGCUAUGACAAUGAGCAUUCUAUAAAAGUGAUAUAGAUUUGUGGAGUAGUUUUUUUUUCUGAGAUAAGUGAAUUUGAAACAGUCUCUUAUUUCUUGCCUUGUGAUUUCAAACAGGGAUGAUUCAAAGACCAAGUGUGAAGCUGCACUCAGGCUCCCAACAAUAUUCUUGGGGAAACAUAGACAUGGGUAAUAUCUAAAAAGACAGGGGAGUAAUUUGAAUCAGUUUAAGGUGAACUUCCCAUAUGUGUUAUUUACGAAAUACAAUGCAAACCGAAAGACAAAACUCACACUUCUCCGAAUCGUGCAAUGCUGUUCCCCUGCCAAGUUACAUGUUCAAAAAUGCACUUACAAGUGUGCAUAAAAAUGAAUGCAUUUGUGAAAAUAACAUACAGAAAUGUCUUGCAUUGGGGGAAACUGCUCUGCAGAAAUGUGCCUCUUCAGAGAGAUUCUCAUGGAAAUGCUGAUGAAUUUUUGUGAAGACUUUCUUUGGAAAUGUGGAGAAACCAAAAUUGACAGAUUUGUCCAUCUGCAGAUGUGGGAGACCUAGGUUUUUCAAAGGGAGGUGCCUUUUAUUCUUCCUCUCCCUUGCCGCAUUCAGCACCUUAGUCCACAUGGUGUGGGGAAGGUAAAGGUAAAGGGACCCCUGACCAUUAGGUCCAGUCGUGGCCAACUCUGGGGUUGCGGCGCUCAUCUCACUUUAUUGGCCGAGGGAGCCGGCGUACAGCUUCCGGGUCAUGUGGCCAGCAUGACUAAGCCGCUUCUGGCGAACCAGAGCAGCGCACGGAAACACCGUUUACCUUCCCGCCGGAGCGGUACCUAUUUAUCUACUUGCACUUUGACGUGCUUUUGAACUGCUAGGUUGGCAGGAGCAGGGACCGAGCAACGGGAGCUCACCCCGUCACAGGGAUUUGAACCGCUGACCUACUGAUCGGCAAGCCCUAAGCUCUGUGGUUUAACCCACAGCACCAUCCGCGUCCCUUAUGGGGUGUCCCUUAUGGGGAAGGAGGAAUAGACAAAAAUCACCUUAUCUUAUUCACCGGUGGCAUGUGCCCUGAGGAGAACUCAGGGGCUGCUGCUUCCACUGAGAGUCAAGCCAAGAUUCAAUCCAUUUAGUUUAGUACAAUUUUAUCACGCCUUAUACUGAAGUUGCUCAGGGUAGCCUUUCUUUACUUUCAGGGGUGGGCAGAGCGCAAGAUAGCGAGAUCCACUCUGUUAUUUGCUAGAGGGAUAAGGAGCAAACAUAGAUUUAAAGAACAGGGUGCCCCUAAGCACAUGAUCCAUCCGGGAAUAUAUAUUCAGGGCCAGAACUGGGUGUACAGUCUGCUGACUCACAAAUCCACUCCUGGUUUUCCCCUUAAGCUUUCUUCAUUUCAGCAGCCUAAUUCAGAAGAGCAUAGGUAUGAGAGAGAAGGAGCUGCUAUUUUUUUAGCAGCUGCUAGUAGAAACCCUUAGUGAUCUGCUGGAAACCACUCAGAGAUCUACCAGUAAGGCCCUAAUCUACCUUCUGCCCCCCCAAUCCCACCCUUGAUCUCUGAACUCCACUCAAGUCUUAUUCACAGAAUGCAUAUAAGUGUUGCCAGAUUUUGAUACCUGAGCAGGACCUGCGCUCAGCUGAUCAGUGACCACAUGGAAGAACAUUUAGUUGUGAAAGUGCUGCUUCGUAUUUCAAAGAAAUCCUGUUCACCAGAUCACUUGUGUGCAUGCAGCAUCUGUUAGCCAAGAGGGUGUUCUUCCCAUGAUAGCCACAAUCUUGGAUAGCUUUAAAGUGGGGUCAGACCAAUUCAUGGAGGAGAAGACUACUAGCCUGUGUUCUUCCUCCACAAGCAGAGACCCUUUGCCUCUGAAUACUAGUUGCUGAGGAGCACCAGUGGGGAGAGAGGUGUUGUGACCAUGUGCCUCUUGUGGACUUCUCAUAGACAUCUAGUUGGCCACUGUGAGACCAGUGUGCUGGGCAAGAAGGGUCUUCGGUCUGAAGCUCCUUUACAUUCUAAGCAAUGUUGAAGAGUUGUUCUUGAGACUAAUAUGUGCCACACAAACUCCUUCAGGGAAGGGCAAGGUAUUUUAAAAUCAAAAGGGGGGGUGGGAAUCUAUGUGAUCUAUGCUGGCUCAAUAGCCAAGGGUUCUAGGUUAGAUUUGAUAUUAUAUAUAUUGUGGAAAUAAUUUGCCAAAAACAAAAGUAGUAGUAGUAGCAAUUUAUGAAUUGCUUCCUGUGGUGCAUCUCAAAGUGACUUACAAGACACUAAAAACAUAUAUAAGGCAAUUACAUACAUAUAAAAAGUUAAAAUAUUGCAUAUAUAAAAUCGGUUAUUUGCAAGAGGCCAGAUAGGAUAACAAUCUCCACUGAGAAGGCUUGUUGAAAGAGGAAACUGUUCAACAAGCACCAACAAGACAAUAGAGAGGGGGAUAUGAAGUACUUUGAAGUCAUGAUGGCUGUGGAAUAAAAGCAAAGUCCGUUUACAUGAAUGCUGUAAAUGACACAGAGGAAGGCCUGCCCUUAACUACACUAUCUUUGCACAAAGGCCUUUGAACUCUCUCUCUCUCUCUCUCUUGCCAAUAACCUCAUGAAAAGACACUGGCAGGCAUCUGAAAUGCAAAUAGCACUGAAGGGGCAGAGAAUAUUAUUGUUCUAUCUUUUGCCUUUGGGGUUUUGCAACAGUAUUGACCAAUUAUGGAAACUGAAAUCCAUUCCAGUCCUCUGGUAUUUAUGCUCAAGGGCCAUUGCCAAACCAGUUAUCCAUCUUCAAGAGUGGAGAGAAGGGAGGGGAUGACUGUUUCUUCCUCUUUCUUUGAAACAGUGCCACAUUCUUGACUCUUACAUAGUUGAAGGUCAACUCUAAUCCUUAGAUGCUUCUCAGAAGGAUGGUUGCCUGAUUAGUUAUCAUCCAUUUUGUACCUACUCAAUCUUGUGUUUGUCAGUGUGGAGUCUGAAUAGUGUUUCUUCUUGGUUAAGAGCAGAAGAAAUUGUGGCCGCUGCAAACCACAGCACUAUUUUCAUGUUUUUUUGCCCAUGUCAGGAAACUUAGGGUAUCUAAUUUUCACAAAGGUUUUAUUAUUAUUAUUGUUGUUCAUCAUCACACUUUUUCCAUUCAUCUUGCUUUUCCAUCUUUUGCAUUUCCCCCCACGCUGUGAAAUUGGUCUAGCUAUGCAAAAGUGUUUCUUAGAGCAACAUCUUUCUCUCCCUCAAUCCCCCCCCCCCCAUUUCCAAAUCCAAAAUAACUGGCUUCCUAGAUUUAGGGCACACCUUUGCAAUUAUGAACAGACCAGUUUUGCUCCUGAAAAUGAAAAGUAGAGAUGUUUGUUGUGUUCAUAUUUGGCAAGUAGAACCAGAGAAAAUAGAGGCUCCACUGAAUGAUUUUGGCAGCCAAGUAGCAAAGGCUAAACCAGAAUGCUGUAUUGAUGUUGCAUAUUGCAGGUAAUUGGUGCCUAGAAUUUAUUUGAUUUGACAAAGUGCCAAGACUGGUGGGCAGAGAAAUUCAAAGGUGGUUUCACCCUCAGUCUUGCUGGACUCUCACAAGCAGGCUGGAGGUGCUCCUGCAAUUCUCUAUCCAUUUCUCAGGGGUUUUCUUUUCUUUUUUGUUUCAUUGGGGACACCAGGAGGGAAAUUCCCAAGAGAGCUUUAGACCAACUUGGUGGGAACAACCAAGCUGUUUCCAAAUCUCUCUCCCCCCCCCAACACAUCCCUGAACCACACCUAGCACACAUCCAUUUUGGCCAUACCAGUGUCAGAAAUCUUACGUUUAUCUGGGCCAGGUUAUUGCCAGUUUCCCUGGUGGCAGGGAGGCUGGAUCAAACAUUCAGCGCUCCAUCUCCAAGUUUGAAAAGGUGGAAAAGAAUGCUCUCCCAGGAGCCACAGGAUUGCACCCUUUAAACUCUGCAGCCCAACUUAAUUAGUAGCUUUCAGGACUGGAGAAUCUGAUAUGAAGGAUUUUUUUACAAAGUACAGUUGUUUUUCUGUAAAGGGAGGAGAGGGAAAGAGAGAAAGUUGGUUGUCACUGAAAGGGAAGGGGGAUGAAAUACGGUUAAUGGUCUUGAUUUGCUCGAGAACAGAACUGCAAUCUGGAGUUUGUGUGCCAUGAUUUUUGCCUUGUUAGUUCAGUUGGUUAGACUGUGGUGCUGAUAACGACAAGGCUGCAGGUUCGAUCCAUGUAUGCAAGAGCUGCAUAUUCCUGCAUUGCAGGGGCUGGACUAGAUGUUCCCCAGGGUCCCUUCCAACUCUACAAUUCUAUGAUUCUACUAACCUACAUGUACAUUUAAAUGAUGUAUUUUAAUUCCCUUUUUCUAACAGAUACGAAGAUGAAAUCAACAAGCGCACAACAGCAGAAAAUGACUUUGUUGUGCUCAAGAAGGUGAGAAACCAUAACUGUUUUUUUACUCACAGUGUCAUUGGUAAUCAUAUGUGUUCUGACCUAUGGUUUUGUGCCUUGAUGACCACACUCAAGAUGCUAAGGCUGCAAGCUUUUCCAGUAGUAUUUCUGCAGCUCUCUAUGAAUUGAGAUCUGCUAAAGUGAAGGAGGUGACAAAACUGUUUUGAGACAGUGCACUACAAAGUGAAGAUGAGGGGUCACAUAGCUAAAUGUUGGUCCACACUGGAAAACCUCGCAAUGCACAUAGAAAAUUAGACUUGCCUUCUCCCUGAUAUGCUAGCUUCCCAUACAUAGGGUCUUCCUCUUGCCCCAUGAGAAGCAUUCAGUGAUGUUAUCCCCAUCUGCAAUAUUAAGUGGUACAGUUUUUGUAUCACCGCUCCACUUGCUCUUUGUAGGAGCUAGAACUGAAUGCAGCAAAGAUUCUGAAAAAGCAACCUUAACGAAGAUCAGGCUUGCGUUCAUGGAAGGUGGGGGAGAUGGGCCACAGAAUCAUUUCUCAGAGUGAUCAGUGUGCUGCAGACUUCGACUUCUACUGCUCUAACACCUUUGAAGAUCAUUUUCAGUAAAGAAAGAAUUGUUGGGCACCUCUGUUGCACUGAAUCACACUGAAUAUUGCACACGCUUCCUUAUUAUUUGGGCUGGACACCCAAAGCACAUUUUCCAUUGUGUAGACACGGCCUUUCUCUUCCCUUUGUUUACAAAUCAAACAGACAAGAUAGACAAGGAGAAUAAUAAAAGACACACAAAGAGGGAAGGUGACUUAUCCAAAGUCAAACAGGCCGUUGGCAAUGUUGGAAACAAACUAGGGCAAAGGCAGCCAACGUGGUGACUGUGGGCGCACAUGUGCCCCCAGAGCCUUCCCUGGAGCCCACAGUGUCCCCUCCUCCCACUGAAGUUAGUCUUGAAAUUAACUGUUGUAACCAAAAGAAUAGAUGGCUGUGUGUGCUUGGUUGAUGUGUGGUGUGGUGCCUAGGAGAAUUUCUCCAGGUUGGAAAUGCACCUACAGACCCAAAAAAGGUUGGCAAACCCUGGACUGCCUGCUGAGGGCCUGAAGGACCCCGCCCUUGCCUCUUUCCAUCUGGCUUGGGGCGGGGCUUGACAGGCUUCACAAGGACUGCACCUGCACCUUAGCACCAAGAGCUCCUCUUUUAAACUGUUUUUAAUUUUUAUCUGUGUUGUUUUAAAUAAGAACGUCUUGGCUGUGAGCCCUGGAAGACCUGCACCCUGCCUUACUGGCCCCUUUCCCAUCUGACCUGGGAGAGUGAAGUGCGGACUGACUCCAGCUACAAAAGCUGUGGCUGUUGAACAGAUUCCUGGGCUGGAGUAUUGUUUACGGGGGGUUGAGAGAGCUAUUGCUGUUAUUGAUAUUAUUGUUGUAUCUUUAGUUUUAGAUCUUAUGAUUUGUGUGGAAAUUGUUUCCAUUGGGUUGUGUAUUUUUGACGUGUUUUAUUGUUUAUGACUUCUGUUAUGUUUGUAAUUAUGUAGAUCUUGUCAUGUUGUAAGCCGCCUUAAUCAUAGUUUUAACUAUGGAAAGACGGCAUACAAAUAAAAUGAUGAUAAUGUUGAUGAUGAUGAUAGAUUAGGACAGUUCAUAUUAAGAGCAGGGCACAAUGGUUUUCAGUCCGAGGGUGAUUAACCCUUGGUACAUGGAGGUGGAAUUCUCCAUCAGUUGCACAAGGUGACAAUAGUUUUCUCUUCACCACAGUCCUCACUCCAGUGAAAUCUCGUUCAGUGUACUUGGUUUUCUUUAUUUUAUGUAUUUAAGGAAGACCAUAUACUUCAAUAAUACACAAGAAUAAUGAAAGACAAGCAGAAUUAAAAUUAAAAACACACAAUACAAAUGUGGGUAAUUUUGUUCACAGUCCCUGUGAAAAACCAUAAUUAUUUUAUUUAUAAAUAUCAGGAUAUUUUCCUUGAUGUAUUAUGACAGUCUCACUUAAAACUGAAAAGUUACUAAUUCCUAUUUUCCAGCAAUAGCUAUGGACCAGAUUUGACUGUACCAUAAAUUUGAUCCCUCUAAAUAUUUUCUUGCAAUAACCAUCCUGACAGCAAACAGUAAUUAGAGAAUCUAUUCUUUAUUCAAACCAUCUGCAUUUGGCCCCAUCCCAUGUCGCCAGUAAUGCUAACAAAGGGGUUGGUAUCAAUUCUUCCUUUGUUAUUAGAUUAACUGCUAGGAACACCACCUCUCUCAAAACUGCCAAUCAGUGACACUCCCACCAUACAUGUAAAUAUGUGCCUUUAUGUUAUCAAACUUGGUUUUCUGAUUGUGUUUUUAGGAUGUUGACGCAUCCUACAUGAACAAGGUGGAGUUGGAGGCCAGGGUGGAUGGAAUGACUGAUGAGAUAAACUUCCUGAGGGCACUCUAUGAAAAUGUAAGUAAACUUCUCUAUGCUCUUUCCACCAUUUAGGAUACCCUUUUCCAAUCUAUUGCACUCCAGAUGUUGUUGGAUUCCAACUCACAUCAGCCUCCCAGCUAGCAUGGCCAAUGGUCAGGGGUGACAGGAGUUGUAGAUCAAAAUAGCUGGAGGGCACUAGGAUGGUGAAGGUCUCUGCGGUUCUCCGGAGUUUCACACGGUAGCCUUUCCUAGCCCUACCUGGAGAUACCAUGGAUUGAACGCUGGAAGCUUCUGCAGAUGAAGCAGGUGCCACCUUCCCAAAUUGAGCUCUUAAAACGGGAGGGAAUAUUUUUGCUCAGCCCUGACUUAAAUAUUCUAACACUGGUUAGGAAAAAGAAAAGAACAUGGUUAUGUUUGCAUUAGUCCUUUCAAGGAACCAAAUAUACCCAUCAAUAAGGCAUGAAAGAAUGUUUGAAGACUUUAAUGAUGAAGACGAUCAAUGCUCUUAAAGGCCAAAUGCAAAUGUAACAAGUAGACAUUGUUUCCUUUUUGAACCAUGAAGGUAAAACCUAAAUGCCCCAGAUGGGUGGGUAGAAAUUUUCAGCAGAAGCUUUGCUUGUUCUUCAAACAGCAAAAAACUGUUUUAGACUUGUGGUUAGGAGCCAUGUUUCGCAGGAUCAUGGUUGAUCCCGCCAUUUCGAUAGGAGGACCAAUGUGCCAUUUGCAUGGGGCUCCAUGCAAAGACACAUGAAGGGUUAGGGUUAAAAGGCUUUUAUGAACAGCAGCACUUUGUUCAAAAUGAGAAUGAUCAAGUCUAAAGAAAUUUAGACCGGAAAAUCCAGGUGCAAUAUAUGCUGCUAUAUAAGCCACUGAAUGCAAAUGAUGGCUAUUUGUUCUCUGUGAUGAAAGCAACAAACAUUGAAGGCAUAUCAUUCUAGUCAUCUGUAUUUACUUUUUGUUGUGCUCACAACAAAAAAGUAUUGUUAAGUAAUGUAUUGUAGCGAAGAAGACAAUUAGCCCUUGCUUAGCAUAUCCGGUUGGUUUCCUCACAUGUUUCUCAUCUGCAGCAGAUGAAAGUCAAAAGGAGUUUGCAGGUCUUGUUGGUUUAAUGACUUAAUAUUGAUAUUCUUGUGGCAGGAUGAACUCAGUAUAGGCCACGUUGCAGGAACGGGGGGAGAUAAUACCUUUGAGCCUGUACCAGUUGAUAAUUGAAACUGGUGUCUGGGCUUCAGUGGGACAUUUGUCCCCAUUAUUCUCUGUGCAUGGUAAGCCACAUAACCAAUAAAGAUGCAAUAAUGGUUUAUCUGGAUAUUAAGUCCACCAUUUUGCAGCAACUUUAAAAUUUUGCAUGCAAGCAGCUAUGUUAACCUUGUGGUGAACUGAACAGAUGAAUCAGUCAGUUAUCACCACAGGCACCCCAAAAGGGAAGUUAAAGUUGGUGUGCUGAAAUUGGUACAUUUUGAGUUAUAAUUUGAACGAGAGGGUGUUCAUGGUGUUGUUGGACUUCAACUCCCAUCAACGUCAGUCAGCAUGGCUAAUGGUCAGGGAUGAUGAGAGCUGUAGUCCAGCAACAUUUGGAGGACCUACCUGUGCUUUAAGAGUUGGUUCCAGAUUCUCCCCCAGGUGGAAUAAGGAUUACCCUGGAAAAUGGUGGGUUCCAAAUCUGCUCCUGAUAUCAUUCUGUGUCAAUGGAACCUGGGUUAAAUUGGCACACACUUUCACAUGACCAUUAAUUCUGGCAAAAGUGGGGAACUAUUCAGUGAUUUGCAGGGGCAAGGAAAAUGUGGUAGCAGAGUGCCCUUCCUCCCUUUCAAUACUGCCACUAAGAAAUACCCUUAAGACUUUAAAUGCAAAUUGAAAAUAAGCCAAGGGAGAUGAAAAUGAUAGAGGAUGGGAUUCCCUUAACACGUCCUGUCAGCAGAAGCCUUGUGUAAGGUCUUCUGCUUGCACAACAGGGCUUCCCCCCUCCCACUGCAUGCCUGCUGAAAUUGCCUGGGGUGUGUGUGUGUCUCUCCCUCUACCUGCCAGACUUUAAUUUUGUUACUCAUAAACCCUAAUGGUUCCUGAUCUGAAGGAAAGGCAGGAUGUUAAGAAGGAUAACAGACAAUGAAUGCGCGUCUCUUUAAUUUUCCAGGAACUGCGUGAGCUGCAGAACCAGAUCUCAGAUACUUCUGUGGUGCUUCAGAUGGACAACAACCGAAACCUGGACUUGGAUAGCAUCAUUGCUGAAGUCAAAGCUCAGUAUGAGGAGAUUGCCAAUAAGAGCAGGAUUGAGGCAGAAAGUUGGUAUCAAAGCAAGGUGAGCCAUGAUGGCAAAGAUGAACUCAUUAAGAAUCAACUGUUUGGGGAUAUGAAUAAUAUCCUCCCAUAAUGAGUUGGCUACCAAUUACAGUCUUGACUAAUGAGAAGUCAAUGUCAUUUCAUAUUUGCUGCAUUCCCUGAUUUGAUCUUGAAAGGAGACACCCCCCCCACAAUGAUCACACCUACCUUUUAAAGCCUCCAGGACUUCUAUAAUGGAAGUGCAUAGUUCCAAGCUCUCUGAUCUGCCCAUUGUGAUGUCAUAAUUUCCACCUUAACCAAUUGUUCCUCAUCCUCCUCUGCAUUGUGUUAUUGUGUGAUGCCUGUUGGCUAAUGCAUUCAGGAUGCUUCACACAAAUAAUCAAAGAGACAGAUGAACUGAUCAUUGUAACAAUGAAAGGAUAACAUCAUUUUUGUAAUCUCUGUACUCAUUUUCCUCUUUCCACAAACACGUUAACUCUUCCUGAGUGCAUACAAUAGGUUGCAUUCACUGCAGUAAUAAGCAAAAAAUUUCCAUCAGUGCAAAUUUCCCCUUGUGCAACAGAAUGCUCUCUCCCUCUCCUCCCCCUGUGCCCACCCCCUAGACUUGGCAAUGGUGCCAGGAGAAAUCCUCUUGCACUAGCACAUUAUUUAGUUAAAUGCCGCCCUAUAGGUACCAUGUGUCUUUGGCACUGGCCCUGUCACCAGAAAGAAGAGCCUGUGGUGAGGAAGGGAGACUGUUUUGCUGCAACAAAUCCCACCUGCACCUUCAACAGCAUCUCUCCUCUCUGUUAAUCGCAGUAUGAAGCCCUGCAAGCCAGUGCUGGGAAGCAUGGCGAUGACCUGCGGAGCACGAAGAACGAGAUUGCUGAGAUUAACCGCACAAUCCUGAGACUGCAGGCUGAGAUUGAGAAUGUGAAAAAUCAGGUGAGUAGCUGGAAAGAACUCUUUGUGGGGUUUUCCGUGAUACAACACACACACACUGACUUAAAUGAAUUAUGGGGAUGUCCCUGCAUAGGCUAACAGGCCCUACUCCCCACAUCUCUUGUGACUUUGUGCUUCUAUAAUUGCCAACUUGGUGUGUGUGUGUGUGUGUGUGUGUGUGUGUGUGUGUGAGAGAGAGAGAGAGAGAGAGAGAGAGAGAGAGAGAGAGUUCCCUUUCCUCCACCCCUGGAAGAAACUGAUGCCCCCCUCAAGAACAGGGGUCAGCAAACUUUUUCAGCAGGAGGCCAGUCCACCGUCCCUCAGACCUUGUGGGGGGCUGGACUAUAUUUUGAAAAAAGAAGAAGAAUGAAUUCCUAUGCCCCACAAAUAACCCAGAGAUGCAUUUUAAAUAAAAGGACACAUUCUACUCAUGUAAAAAGAGGCUGAUUCCUGGACCGUCCACGGGCUGGAUUUAGAAGGCGAUUGGGCCAGAUCCAGCCCCCGGGCCUUUGUUUGCCUACCCGUGCUCAAGAACUGUAAUUUCAGUUUAAAGUUGUGGGUUUCUCAUUAACAGGCAUUGCAUUGGCCACUAUAUAAGGUAGCCUUUUGGCCUGAUCCUGCAGGUCUCCUAUGAAUGUUUGCUCCAUGACAGUUCUGGCCAGGAACUUUACUACUCUUUCCUUCUGUCUUCUGUCAAUCAUUGGCGGUUCGCUGAGUGGAGGACAUGUUGGUUUUUUGUAUUUUUUUAAACGUACAGUAAUUGUGUACCCGCAAGGACUAGAUAUUUCAUGAUGAAUUAACCAGAAAGCUUGCUUGCUCAAAAGCUGGGGAGAUAAGCCAUUGUGAAUCACUCCCCAUAGUGUUCGUUUGACUUUAGGGCAGGGCGGCUCCAGCAAACAUCCACACCGAAGCAAACUGUGAGACCCAAUUCACCACCUCUGAAUAAUGAAUGGAAGCCCAGAUGCUCAGCAAUACGCCCUUCCUCUCCUUUAUAUUUGCAUUGCACACUUUACAUUGCAUUACAGGAGAGUCUAGUACUGAUAACAGAGCAAUGGGAGCGCAAGAAAUAAAUGAGUCAUUGGCAGCAAUGCAGUUGGCUAGUCAUCUUAGUCUCAGUCAUCUUUGCCUCCUACAAGCAGCAAUCUGAUUGUAAGCAGUUGUUGCAGCAUGGACAUGCACUCCCCUGUUGCAAUAUAUAUUGUUAUGAACCAAGUAUUGUUGUAAAUAAAAAUAUGCCCUUUUCCCUUAUGGGGUAUCCAAGAGCCCAUAUAGAGUCCUUACAUAGGUUCCCUAUUGGUAGGAGAAAAUAACAGAGGCCAACCAGAGAAUAUUGAGAAGCAAAGCAGCUAGUAAGCUUGAUCUUUAUUGAUCUGUUGCAACAGGGUACUCCCCUCACACGCAGGAGAGCAGGAGGACCCCCAAAAAUGCUGUGCAAGGGCUUAUAAAGACUUUUGAAAUUCCCAUCCUCUAGAUCAAGACCACCCCCAGAAACAUUAUGCAUUCAUCACAGAAGGGGUGUAACCUAAGACCACCCCUCAGAUAAGGCGGUCUAAAACAGAACAUUUGCAUGUUGUUUUCUCCUGUCGCUUUAUUUAUUUCCUGUCUGGCAGGUUACUUGAUUGGAUUUCUUGGGGAGCCUUGGCAGUCUUUUGUAAUGAUAAGGCUCACACCCUUAUUCAAACACAGAUUAAGACAGGAUUUGUGAAGGAAGAGACAAUGGGGAGGCUUUUCCAUUUUUACCAUGCAGAGAAACAUUUGCUCAGUUUAGGAAUCAAAAUGGUUCCAGGUUGGCCUUCCUGUGUUGAUCUAUGUACGUGUGGUUAUGAACGUUGCCAUAUAUCUAAAACCAUAAAAUUCCUAUCACAUUAUCCAAGUAUCAAAAGUCAAUUAAGUCAGGACUGUCUGAGGUGUUAGCCCGGGGUAACGAGCCAUUAGCACAACAAAGGGAAAUUUUAGCAGGCAACAAUAAGGUAAAGGUAAAGGGAUCCCUGACCAUUAGGUCCAGCUGUGGCCGACUCUGGGGUUGUGGCGCUCAUCUCGCUUUAUUGGCCGAGGGAGCCAGCGUUUGUCCGCAGACAGCUUCCAGGUCAUGUGGCCAGCAUGACCAAGCUGCUUCUGGCGAACCAGAGCAGCACACGGGAACACCGUUUACCUUCCUGCCAGAGCAGUAUCUAUUUAUCUACUUGCACUUUGAUGUGCUUUCGAACUGCUAGGUUGGCAGGAGUGCAGGCAAGAAUAGGUGGGACCUAUUUAUCACAGAUAAAGCCAAGAGCAAUGUGGAUUGGCAGUGCCAGAUUUACGUAUAAGCUAAACAAGCUGUAGCUUAGGGUCCCACUCUCUUGGCCCCCCCCCCCAAAAAAAAAUUAAAGGAAAAAAACCUGGAUGUACAUUUCCAAAAUAUAAGAUAAAAAACAAAUAAAAUAAAACCUACAUACAGCAACAGUGUUUUGUGUUGUGUAGGCUCCUAUGAUGUACAUAUUUUGUUAUGCGCAAAUGGCUUUAGAUAUCUAUUAGGUCCAUAAAUUACCAUAUAGCAUAUAUUCAACACAAAAAACAGUGACAAUUCGUUGUUGAGAAAGGACAGCUGGACAUAUAAAGGGCCCCAUUACCUUCAGUAGCUUAGGGCAGGCAUAGGCAAACUUGGCCAUCCAGAUGUUUGGGGACUACAGUUCCCAUAAUCCCUGACCACUGGUCCUGUUAGCUGCUCACUGCUGUGGAGACUGGAACAGGUGGCAUGUAGCAAUAGGAGGCCACUUUGCAUUAUCAUACGACAGGCCCAUCUAGGCCAGUGCUUUCCAUUCUGUCAGGUGGUUAGAGUGACCGUAUGUCCCAAGUUGCAGAAGGGAGUCUUGUGUUUGUCGAACUGUACAACCCAAGUCAAGUUGAAAGAGAAAGAGCCCUGAACAGGGAGGGGACACGAAGUUGCCCACCCACAUUUAGUGCCAGGACAGCAGGCUGAGCGGGCGCACACUGGUAACCCAGCCACAGUCGUCCCUACAAUGGUGAGCUAUGCAUACCAAUUAGCAUGCCAAUCCAUGCGCUCUUUUCUCCUCGCUCUAUGGAGAGGCUUGUGAGCCCACCCUACUGGCAGUGGUUCUCCAUGCUCUCAGGCAGAGGGUCCUUCUGGUUACCUGAUUAGUGACCAUUUUGACUGGAGAUGUCACUGGGGGUUGAACCUGGAACCUUCUGCAUGCAAUUCAUACCCUCUGCCAUUUGGGCUGCUCUUUCUCCUUUGGGGCAGAGAGAUGGAGAGGCAGGACUUCUGAACAAUCUUAUACCUUGGUUUUUUCCUCCAGCGUGCUAAACUCGAUGCUGCCAUUGCUGAGGCAGAGGAACGUGGGGAGAUGGCUAUCAAAGAUGCCAAGGCCAAGCUAGCAGAGCUGGAGGCUGCUCUCAACAAAGCCAAACAAGAGAUGGCCCGCCAGCUGAGGGAGUACCAGGAGCUGAUGAAUGUCAAACUGGCCCUGGAUAUUGAGAUUGCCACCUACAGGAAGCUGCUGGAAGGAGAGGAGAGCCGGUGAGUGCCAGAUGCCAUGCUCAAAUCAUCUAACCUCUUCACUAGGGCUGCAAUGUUUGAUCCAUCAAUUGGUUAGCCUCAACUGGGCUGCAUCCAGCUAGGUCCUGCUCAGCAGACCCAUUCAAAUGAAUGGAUCUCGGUUAGUCACGAUCAUUCAUGUUAAUGUGUCUCCUCUGGGUAUUACUGUUAUGGGAUAAAACCCAUUGUUUAUUUUAAAAGCAAUAAGCUAAAGAGGUGUUCCCAAGCAGCAAAUUUUUAAAAUAGAUAAUUGCUUUUUAAAACAUGUACUUUUAAAGCAGUGCAGGUGGCGUGCCCUGUAAGAUCUUAGGAGGGCAUCACCCUAUUUUAAUGUCUUGCGUAGCUGCUGUCUGCUCUAGUGCAGGCACACAUCAUCCAAAAGCAAAGUUUGCUUCUUGCGUUCAAACUGUUGGUUUUACCCAUUUGCAAAUUCACACAAAUGUGACAAAAAAUUGUAAGGUUGCCUGGCUGAGAUCUCUUGAUUUGGGACAGGACUGUUCUUUACCCACUGUGCUUCCACAGUUCACAUGCCACUAAGUGACAGUGGUUGGAAAGGCUUGUGUAAGCUGAUUCCAAAUAUUAUUACUUCAAUUUUACCUUUCCACUUGCAGGCCAUUUGCCCAAGCUGGUUGGCACUGGAAAGAGAAGAUUGGAGGGCUAAGUGGACUUGUAGCCUGGUCCAGCAGGGAGGUUCCAAAUGGUUCCCCCCAGGACUGGAACGUGUCCAUUAAUUAUCAGUCGCUAUUUACAGGCACACAGCUGUCUCUUUUGAAUAUUUUAUAUAGACAACCAUUUAUUUUGUGUUCCCUUUCUGUUGCCAAGAUCUAUAAUCCUUCAGGCAUUAAAAGUUAAGAACUUAAUGGAGCUCUUGAUUUCUUUUCUCAAUAGGCUGGCUGGUGAUGGAGUUGGUUCUAUGAGCAUGAGUAAGUUUGUUUUUCCCACCUCCUCUCUCCCUUCCUUUCCCCUUCUACCACAAUUGUUUGUAAUACAUCUGGACUAUUUGGCAAGCACAGCCUACUGUAAGCACUGCUUAGCAGAUAGAGAAGUGGUAGAAUCUUAAUACAUAUGCGAUAUGUGUGUAUUAAUAUGAAUAUACACAAGUAUAAUGCAGUAUCAGGUCUGACUCUUUUAUACAUAUAACCAUAUAAUUUUAAUGCAAAUUAUUUUGUGUAUAAUUAAGUUGGGCAAACCAAACCAAAAAUGCACAAAACAUUUGGACAUAAGCGGUUGCUCAAUAUAAGAAUUGACUCAAUGUGAGCAAAGCUUGAUCUGGUCAGAACCACCAAAUUCUGUGUAUAAAACUAUUUACAAUAUAUUCCUCCUCCAUCAUUAGGGGUUCUGCAGUUACAGGGGAGAUUCCCAUCUUUGCUACCUGGUAGGAGUGUCAGUUGGCCAUGGGUGGCGCUGUGGUCUAAACCACAGAGCCUAGGGCUUGCCAAUCAGAAGGUUGGUGGUUCAAAUCCCCGCGAAGGGGUGAGCUCCCGUUGCUCAGUCCCUGCUCCUGCCAACCUAGCAGUUCGAAAGCACAUCAAAGUGCAAGUAGAUAAAUAAGUACCGCUCCAGCGGGAAGGUAAACGGCGUUUCUGUGCACUGCUCUGGUUCGCCAGAAGCGGCUUAGUCAUGCUGGCCACAUGACCCGGAAGCUGUCCAUGGACAAACACCAGCUCCCUCUGCCACUAAAGUGAAAUGAGUGCCACAACCCCAGAGUCGUCCACGACUGGACCUAACGGUCAGGGGUACCUUUACCUUUAGGAAUGCCAGUUGGGGCCUAGAUUGCUAUUGAAAUGAAUAGCAUAUAACCACAAUCAGAAAUGUUUGUAACGGGCAGUUGCUGCUGAGCCCUAGUUAAUAAACCCAUUCCAUGUUAUUGGAAACAGUCCCUUGUUAUUGGAAAUUCAUUUCCCCAAAAAGAGGCCACACUGUUACUGUAUCAAAGCUUAAUACGUGGUUUCCCUGGUGUCCUACAGCUGUGCUCAACUCCAGUUCUGGUGGCUCCUAUGGCAGCGGAGGUGGCUAUGGUUUCGGAGGAGGAAUCGGCUUGGGAAGUGGAAUGGGCAGCGGCGGAGGCCUCAGCUUCUCCUCUGGAGGUGGCUCAGGUGCCGUGAAAUCAACGUACAGCGUGACAAGCACAUCCAGACGAAGUGUCAGAAACUAAGCUCAGAAAACCAAGGUCAUCACUGCCUGAACACAUCUCCAUUCCCCCCACCCCUUCCCCCAGAACAGAGGUAGAUAAAGUAAAGAAGAGAUAGGGAAGAUGAGAUCAUUAUCUCCCAAGAACCAAACUGGCUGCUAAAUCCAGCAGUAAUGAAUGAAAUGAUGGUGCCAUAUUCUGCAAGUGCAUUAUCCCACCUCCCACAUCAACAGCCUAAAUCAGGGAUGAGGAACCUCCAGCCAGAUUUGGCUCAUGAGCAGCGGCGUAGCGUGGGUUGUCAGCACCCGGUGCAAGGCAAGUAAUUUGCGCCCCCUAACCCGGGGCAAGGCAAGUAAUUUGCGCCCCCUAACCCCUAACCUGCCGCCGCUGCCAGCUUCUUCUUGCUGCUGCCUGGUCUGGUCUGGUGUGGUUCUCUCCUGCGCUCAGCGCUGCGCUGGGCAGCCGCUGCACUGUCCCUCCCCCAGAUAGUCCCUCGCUCUCUCUCCGCACCGCACGCCUGGCACCCACCCCCUCCACAGUGGGCGGCGACCCAGCGGCUCGGAUCGGAUUCGCACAGCCAGCACUGCAGUGAGAGAGAGUGAGUGAGCCAGGUAGGGGCAGAGAGCUGCGAGUGCGAGCGCGCCCCCCCAGAUGUUGCGCCCGGUGCGGCCGGCACCCCCUGCACCCCCCACGCUACGCCACUGCUCAUGAGACCCUUUUCCCCAAAACCAUGUCCACCUGCCCUACAUCAGACAUUGUAUGUGAUGUCAGAUUUGGCCCAGGUAGCAACAUGGUUGGCUCAGCUGCUCACGCAGCCUGUCCUUGCAGAAAGCAGGAUUGAACUCCUCGUAAACCAGCUGAUGCCUUGAGUCCUGCUUGGUUCAAGUCUGCAAGAGGGUUCCCUAUGGGCAGCUCUCUUGGGCAUCUGAACCCAAAUCAGGACUGAAUUGCCCGCUCAUCAGCUGAUGUGCAGGGAGUCCAGUCCUGCUCUGUUGCUAUCUUACCCCAAAGUUCCACGGACUAACUUUGUCAGGGAACACCCACCUGUCAAAGUUGGCCUGUAGGAUGGUGGGAGAUAAAGAUCUGGCCUGUUGAACCAAAAUGGUUCUCCAGUCCUCUAGGUGUUGUGGACUACAGCUCCCAUCAGCCCCAGCAAGUAUAGCCAAUGAAUUCUAGAGAGUUCCCCAUUCCUGCACUUUUGAAACAAGUAUACUUAUAGUGCACUGCUAUUAUGGGGUGGCUCCACAGGUUCCCCAUCCCUGGCUUAAAUUGUGGUGCUGCUCCCAUUGAGAUCAAGGGGAGUUUUGCUGUUGGUUUAACUGAGAGCGAAGUAUAAUUGGAAAACGAAAUUCCAAACUAUACCAGCAAUUUCCAUGUCCUCUGUUUUGGAAGCAGAAAUCGAUUCCCACCCUCUCCCAAUUUUCUUAGGGAGGAAAAUGUGGAAGUCACAAAAAAUAAAAUUCUUCUCUGAAUGAUA